AUAAUUUUGUGGGAUAGGGUUGCCAGGUUCUAAAAGUAUUCGAUUAAUCGACGCUACGGCCAAAACCAGGGAUCAUUAAAAGCUCAUUUUGAAAAAGCGAGGAAAGUGACAAUUUGAACUGCCAAAAAGCCAUAAAUUGGUGGAAUUUCAUCGCUAAACUGCUGCAUCUGGAGAGAAACUGCCUGGAGAUGGAGUAUUAUCAUUUUAUGGAAACCGACGAGACGCCCACUUAUCUCGGUAAAGGUAUCAACGUUCUGGCCAUGGAGAGGCAUCGCCUCCUGAAGGAGAUCGCUCCGCGCCCUGCCAUUUGGGACACGCGUUUGAGUGUCAGAGAUCGCCGGCAGGCGCUAAACGACGACUGGCAGCAGGUGGCCCAGGCCAUGAACUCCGACGUGGACGAGUGCAAGCGCAAGUGGAAGAUCAUGCGGGGCACCUUCCGGAGCGAACUGCGCCGCGUGGCCGCCACGGGUGUGCCCUCGCGGUGGCAUCUGUUCGACGAGAUGCAGUUUAUGCGGAACGUCUUUGUCCAUUCGGCAUCAUCGCCGCCAUAUAUCACUCCGGUAGUGACGCCACAGAAGGUGCUCCUUGACCAUGUGUUCCCCACAACGGUGUCUUCUUUAAUUCCGAUUCCCCAAGACCUUAGCCAUUCUUCCAAUCCCAUCUGCCCAGAGGAGAUUCUACCGGACUGCCUAAUGGAGGAGACGGUGGUCACCAUCCAAGAUGACCCGCUGCAGGACUUGGAAACUGAUCCAUCCGACAGUCUGCACCGGGAGGGAACUGUCGAGACCGACUUCCUGGUGGAUCCCAACGAUUCGGACUACAGGUUCCUCAUCAGCUUGCUUCCAUUCAUUAGCACUCUGCCGAAGUUCCUGAAGAAUCGCUUCCAACACGAGGCCUUGGGUUUGGUGCUGGACCUCCACGCUCAGUAUCCGCAGCAGGUUCAGGAGAAGGUUGAGGAGCUGGCACAGAAACUGGGCAAGGAUCAGCAGCCGAAUCAGCAAGAGGGGCAGGAUCUGGGACAGGAGCAGCAAGACCCAUUCGAGGAGCACCCGCAAGAGAAGCUACCCGAGCAGCUACCAAUCCCUGCCAAGAACGAUAAACAAUGUCUGAAGCAUGAUCCGGAUUUCCUAGAUAACGACGAUGACCUGGUUUCUGUACCUUAUGCCCUAUUGCAACUCUCUCAGGAUCCGAAGGUAGUGCCCCAAAAGAGCUACCCAAUUCAGGAGUCCAGCACGGAGGAAUUUAUUUCCGAAUUAAAAGAAGAACCAUCUACAUGAAUCACGAUUCCUGCUAUCA